AUGUCCGAGAACGCUGACGGCACCUUCUGGCGUUCAGUAGUAGAUCAGUUACAGAGUUGCGACGAAGAUGAUCCUAUUCAGAAAUGCUUCCCACACGGCUUGGGCAAGAAUGUGAUGGAUCAGGUUGACGAACUCUUCAGCCUAGCAGACCAAAAACUCCAUACGUUUCCCUUCAAGGAUGUCCAACCCUGUUGGUUCCGUCUCUACACUGACGCCAGCAUCGCCAAAGUGUUGAAAUUACUUGGCCUCCUCACCUUUCCGGCCCAGAAAGACUGGAGCCUAUCCGACUCUCUGAAAACUCAUGUCAACGGUAUUGUGUCCAUAUUAGACAUGUCGUUAAUCAUGGCCGGAGGGUUGGGAAGGGAACAGAUGAUUCACGACAUCUUUGCCAGGUUACAAACUGGAAGUGUAAGUGACGAAGAAGACAAGACACACCCACGAAAGAGAAGGCGAAUCGACGGUGACUCUGGAUUGGGCGGAUCUCCCGACCAUCUCCCUGCAGCGAACGUCUCCAUGCCUACCAUUGAAUUUCCCAUUGUGCAAAUGGAUCGUCCGACUCUCACAAAGUUCUCUCAGCAUAUUCUGCAGGUACGAGAACCUGUGGUCUUGACAAAUACCAUAAAUCACUGGCCAGCUCUCGAGAAAUGGCAGCGUACCUCCUUUUGGCUCAAUGCCACGAUUGGCGGGCGUCGUCUCGUCCCGAUCGAAGUUGGGCGGAGCUACACUGACGAUGACUGGAGCCAGAAGAUUGUGCCCUUCGAAGAAUUUUUACGUCUUUACAUACUGCAGUCCGGGGAUAAUGAAGUUUGUGAGGUUUCUGGAGAUGAUGUCCAAACGGGCUAUUUAGCGCAGCACGAUCUUUUUAAACAGAUCCCAGCUCUUCGAAACGACAUUGCAACCCCAGAUUAUUGCUAUCUGGAUGCUCCUCCUGCUGAACCUGGCACGCCAGUGGCCUUGAGCAAGGCAAAGGGGCACAUGAAGAAGACAAGUCAUCCCAAGACCACUCAUAAUGCCCCGGGUCCGCCCGACAAUGGUUCUGAUGAACCAGAGCUUGAAAACGAGGUCCAGGCUAAUAUCUGGUUUGGCCCAGCAUGGACGAUCUCACCACUCCAUCACGACCCAUAUCAUAAUAUCCUGUGCCAGGUUGUGGGACGAAAGUACGUGAGACUGUAUUCCCCACGUCACAGCAAUGCAUUACUACCUAGACGCGAAGACGAACCUGCUCCUCACAUACCCUCUGCUGGAAGAACAGAUGGGGUAAAGGGUGCCGUAAAGGACGGAGAGCAGCAGGGUGAAACCAUUGACAUGUCAAACACGUCGCAGAUUGACAUUGCCGCAAUGGAAUUGUCCCCUCUCGAAGACUGGGACGAGGUUUACCCCGGAAUUAGCAAAGUGCCCUACGUCGAAUGUAUUCUUGAAGCUGGCCAAGCGCUCUAUAUACCGAUCGGAUGGUGGCACUACGUGCGGAGCUGUUCCGUAGGGAUAUCUGUGAGCUUUUGGUGGUGA